UCUCAACCGAAAUGUGAUCAAUUCUUAAUGCUGCCCUCAAACCCCUGCAACAAGCUCUUGUUGCUUUAUCAACAUGCUAGGAAAUAAUAUUCCAGAAAGAUACGGCCUUCGUCCAAUUCCGGUUCCAGCAAUUCGCUUUUUCAGUCUUCACGGGAAGCCACUCACGGAUGAACAGAAAAAGUAUAACGAUGAAGCCAAUCAUAAAGCAGAAGUGGCUAGGAACCUCAAUAAACUACAGCAAGAACUUCUCAACAGACUCGAUGACAAGCUCUUUAUUGCUGACACUCUCUUGUUUUCUAACCUCACCGGAUACGGUUGAGGGCCUUCACUGUCAACGCGACAAUCAUAUAUACAACAACACAGGCGAUGGGCUUACGUUUUCAGAAAAGAAACGAAAUAUUGAAAAUAGACUGGCUGAUGCCGAUUUAACUUUGCCAAUGGAUCGCGGAAUCCUUAAACGGCUUAAUAAAAAAGUCCUAGGCCAAAGCUUUGAUCGCUUGAUCAGGCCCGAGUUAGAUACUCCUAGUGUCUUUUAUCGUGCUUUUCAGCCGACAUCUCACAGUCGAUACGAUCCCGACCUUGGAUUUCGCUCUUCCAAACAACCGUUGACAAUACCAUGUCACCAUGAGGGUACUCUUUGUGACAGCCGCUUGGUCGGCGAGGAAGUCCUACGAGUCCACUGCGAACGGUCGCAACCAUCAGAUCUUAUUGCAAUGUCUGAUAGCCCGGCGAGGAUCUUGAAAAUCGUUGCAGGGUGGGGCUAUAGUGAUAAGCAACGGGGUAGCAUAGCUGUGAUCAAUAUGUCGAAGCUACUCGCAUUCAAAGUCUUGUUCAACCGUACAACAACACUAGCAAAGGAAUGUAGGGUCGGUCUUUGGGCCGAAAACAGGGACACAGGACUCCAGUGGGCAAACAACAAUUACUGGGUCGCUUAUCGGUGGAUUCCAGUUGAAUGCAUCGAGUUUUUCAUUUCAGUUGCAACUUUGGAACGGGUUUGUGAGAGUCAUAAUAUAGAGCAAUUUGAUCACGCAAAGAGAUUGUCAUUGGAGGAACUGCAAAACGCCAAAUGGAACAAUUGAGCCUCUACACUUUUCGUUAUAUCGCAAAUCAGUUUGAUUUCCAAUGACGGUAGAUAAUUAAUGACUAUAUUAUCAAGGUGAAUAGUAUAACCCUACUAUGCAG